AUGCCCGUCUCGCAACCGUAUAACCCGCACAAUCUCCCAGUGCCGGCCAACACCCUGGUAAAUGAAGAUCCUCGGAGCGGCUUGCAAGUCGUUGGGAGCGAGGAUAAUGAAUUCUCGCCCAUUCAAGGGCCCGGAUACGCCCCAUAUACCAAGGAACACGAUAAGAGUCCGGCAGCUGUAUCCGGUGUCCACGGAAGCAGUGCUGAUUCAGGGGAAGCUGGCACAAAAACGGCCGCUGCUCUUUCACUGAAGCCAUGGUACAGGAGGAAGAAGUAUAUCGCCAUUGCGGCAGUGGUGAUUCUAAUCAUUGUUGCUUUGGCUGUUGGUCUUGGCGUUGGCUUGUCUCAAGCAGGCGGCGAUGGUGGUGGUGACAAUAGCGACGGCGAUGCCAACGGAGAGAAUGGUGCGGGAGGUCGUCAAGGAGACCCAGAAACUGGCUCAGGGGAUGACAACAUAUCCUGCGAUGGCGGCGCUUGCCCGACCAUUCUCUCAGCGCCUGCGAUGGACUCGACGCUCCAUCUGCUCGCUCGAUCUCAAAACGCAUCUCUCGUGCUUCUCACACGUGACGAUGAGAGCGAGAGGUUUGACGGCUGGACGGACCUCGGCCAGAUCCCACGAGGCAACAUGGUGGCACAGCCCGUAGCCAUAUCAUGGGAGCCAAACGGCGAUACAAGACUCGAUGUGUUUGCCUUGUCUUCUAACAACGGCACAGUGUACACGAGGUACAGGCGCGAUAAAGAUGGGCAGUGGAGUGACUGGGCAGCGAUCGGUGAUGGCGUGGGCAGUCGUAUUGUCGCUUGUCGGCCAGGGAGCGAACGCAUCGAUCUCUUUGCUCUCGAUGCUGACAGCGGCGACAUUGUACACAACUAUCUUGUUGGUGGCAGUGCUGAGGCCAAGCGAAAGCGGCAGCUUGACGAAGAUGAGCCUGACGAAGAUGAGCCCGACGAAGAUGAACCUGACGAAGAUGAGCCUGACGAGGACGAACCAGACGAGGAUGAACCAGGCGAAGAUGAACCAGGCGAAGAUGAACCAGGCGAAGAUGAACCAGGCGAAGAUGAACCAGGCGAAGAUGAACCAGGCGAGAACGAGCCGGGCGAAGAUGAGAACCCGAGUCCUUCGGCCCAACCAGCGAAUCCUGCCAGCGACAACGGGAAUCAACAGUCAUGGUCCAUGACGUCUGGCUCAUGGCCCGCCAUCGAACCUCGACACGCAUCCCGUUCCGCGCCAGCCGUCUGCUGCCGCGACGCCUCGACACUCCACGAUAUUGUCUACUACAACACCACACACGUCCUCCACACGUCGUACUCCCCCACCACGAACUGGACCAGCCCCCACGCCAUUGCCGGUGCCUUCAUCGGCGACCCCGUACUCUUCGCUCCAGAGGACGACGCGGACCUGUUCAUGUUCUUUGGCGUCCAGGAUGACCGCAACCUGUAUACAUUCACCUGGCGCGCCCGAAACGGCGGCGAGUACACCGACCUCGUCAGCAUCGGAGACAACGUCGCCUCCGUGCCCAGCGUCGUCUCCGUCGAAGACGGCAUUGUCGACGUCGUCGUCCUCGGCACGGACGGCACGCUCCAACACCAGCAUUACGACGGUCGGUCGUGGCGCUCGGACUGGGAGGGACUUAACGUGACAGCGAUGAGUGCCCCGACGGUCGUCAAGUUUGACGACAAGACGUGGAUCUUCAGCGUCGAUGUGGAAGGACGCCUGCAAGCUGCCAGCCUCGAGGCGGACGAGAACACGCCCGAGUGGCGGGAUAGACUCCAAAGCCAGAACUUGGACGGUGAUCUCGAGCUGCGGUACUACUACAACAAUUAA